AUGGUCCUCAGAUCCAGUGAUGAAGAUGUGAAGGGUGCCUUCACGAAGGUCAGAAGCAUCGGAGUCUUCUCACUUGGUGCCGUAGCCUUCUUUAAUAUAUCCGGAGGUCCAUUUGGUUCCGAAGAAAUGUUCUCCUCUGGUGGUCCCCUAUGGGGUAUUAUAGGAAUGGUUUUAGGUCUACUAUGUUGGUCCGUACCAAUGUCGUUCAUGACCGCUGAGUUGUCGAGUGCCUUCCCGUAUAAUGGUGGUUAUUCUCUAUGGGUUAAAGCCGCCUUUGGGAAGUUCUGGGGUGUGCAGGAAUCCUAUUGGUCCUGGGUCAGCGGCGUUGUAGACAAUGCUGUCUAUCCCGUAAUAAUAAUAAUAACAUCAUCAUCAUUAUUACCCUUCAUACCACUCCUCCCCUCUCUAUCGUAUCAGGUCAUCAUUUUCCAGACUAUCAGCAGUGUUGCACCCGAUACAUUCGGGGCUAUGUCUGACGGUCUAUUACAAAUGUCGAUAUUCGUUUCCAUCCCCUUCGUUGUUUUCAUCAUAUGGGGUCUCACCAAAGCUGAUCUGAGCGUGCUUGGUGAGAGUAAACCCCUAGGGGACAUUGAUUGGGUUAAUUGGGCUAUAGUAUGUUUUUGGAACUUCUCAGGGGUUGAUUGCGUUUCCACCGUUGCUGGUGAAGUGAAACGUCCCGAGAAAACUGUCAUUCGUGCCCUACUUGGCUGUGUUAUUAUUGUCUUCUUGCAGUACUUCCUCGUGCUUGCCACUGCGGCUGGUAUAGAUGGGGAGAACUGGCAGUACUGGUCAGCAGGAUCUCUAUCGGGGGUAGGCAUGCGUGCCUUUGGGACAUGGUUUGGAUGGUGGCUCGUGGUCGCCUCUAUUGUGGGAAGUGCUGGUCAAUUCGUUGCAGAGCUUCUUGAAGACAGCUAUCAGAUUUGCGGUAUGGCUCGUUUUGGAUUAGCUCCGAAAUGGUUUGGUUAUCUUCACCCUACAUAUCGGACACCAUGGGUUGCCAUAUUCUUCCAAGUUGUCGUCAUCUGUGUGCUAGUCUCAUUCGACUUUAAUACCAUUCUUUCGGUUGACUCCUUCAUGGCCUGCCUAUCAAAUCUACUUGAGUUUUUCUCUCUCCUCAAAUUACGAUGGUCCAGACCGGAGAUGAGUCGCCCAUACCGUAUUCCCGUCAAAUCCUUCUGGGGUCUGCUAGUUGCCAUGUCACCCCCUCUCAUCUAUGGUGGUUUUAUUGUUGUUGUAUCCUUCAUCGCUGGAUGGUUGACCCUAGGCUUGAACUGUGCUGCUCUGGCAGUCGGCCUUGUUCUGGGUUGGCUUGCUGUAAGGCACUCCGAUAAGCUAGGGUUCGAUGAUCAUAUGGGGGAGAAAUCGAUCUAG